AUGUCAAGGAGAAAGCAAAAGUUGAAGCCAGAACUGAGCUUAGUCAAACUGAAAGUCAAAGUCAAAGUCAAAGUCAAAGUCGAGCUCGACUUUAAAGCCGAAGUCGAAGUCGAACUGAAAGCCGAAGUCAAAGUCGAGCUCGACUUUAAGGUCGAAGUCGAACUGAAAGCCGAAGCCGAAGUCGAAGUCGAGCUCGACUUUAAAGCCGAAGUCGAAGCCGAACUGAAAGCCGAAGUCGAAGUCGAAGUCGAAGCUGAACUGAAAGCCGAAGUCGAAGUCGAACUGAAAGCCGAAGUCGAAGUCGAAGUCGAAGUCGAACUGAAAGCCGAAGUCGAAGUCGAAGUCGAAGUCGAAGUCGAACUGAAAGCCGAAGUCAAAGCCGAAGUCGAAGCCGAAGUCGAACUGAAAGCCGAAGUCAAAGUCGAGCUCGACUUUAAGGUCGAAGUCGAACUGAAAGCCGAAGUCGAAGUCGAAGUCGAGCUCGACUUUAAAGCCGAAGUCGAAGCCGAACUGAAAGCCGAAGUCGAAGCCGAACUGAAAGCCGAAGUCGAAGUCGAAGUCGAGCUCGACUUUAAAGCCGAAGUCGAAGCCGAACUGAAAGCCGAAGUCGAAGCCGAAGUCGAAGCCGAACUGAAAGCCGAAGUCGAAGUCGAAGUCGAAGUCGAAGUCGAAGUUGAAUUGAAAGCCGAAGUCAAAGCCGAAGUCAAAGUCGAAGUCGAAGUCGAACUGAAAGCCGAAGUCAAAGCCGAAGUCGAAGCCGAAGUCGAAGUCGAAGUCGAACUGAAAGCCGAAGUCAAAGUCGAGCUCGACUUUAAGGUCGAAGUCGAACUGAAAGCCGAAGUCAAAGUCGAACUCAAAGCCGAAGUGAAAGUCGAAGUAAAAGUCAAGGUCAACUGUGAGAUUUACUUAGACGCCCACUCCUGCGUGUACCAAUUCACCUCUAGAGGGUGCAAAUUAUAA